AUGAGGUUGUGUGUUUUGGAGAUUCAGAUCCGAGAAAGGCAAUCAGGCCUAGUUGAGCUUUGUAUCAAAUUGGUCAUUGUGAGGAAUAAUAAUUUUAUUGAUCUGUUUCAGGCUAUGAUGUCUAGGCAGCCUGGUGAAUCAGAAGGGUUUGAGUUUGUUUUGUAG